AUGGAGGAGCUGUACAAAAUCGGCGAGAGGACGCAGCAAAAUGAAAUGCACGAGGUGGAAAUGUCCGAUUUCGAAAAGAAACUCAACUUUACGAAAAAGCAACAAGAGGAAUACUCAGAAAUAACUCCGACGCCUCUAUUCUGCAUCAAGACGAAGCACCUAAAGCCUGACGCAACAAAAGUGUUUCUGAACAUUUGCUACGACGAUGCCGUUCCCAGUCCGCCGCCAAUCACCGAAACGGAACUCCAGCGACGAGUGGAAGAAGCUGAAAGGGACAAUCUGACGGUCACUUACCGAGUUCCCAUUUCCCUUGGAGAAAAGAGAGUGGAAAAAGACAACAAACGAAAUGAGUGCGACGUAUUCGACAUCGUCGUAAAUAAAGGCUACCUGUUGCGACUGCAAGAAGAAAACGCCACGUAUCAAAUCGGAUUCUUAAUUUCAGUCGCCAUCCAAGGACUCGAGGAUAAAUAUGGGCUCGAUUGCGACAGAAACUGGGUGAUGCUGAAGAAUCGAAAAGCAAUGGGAAAACCUGCGCUGCAGCGAAUUCGAAAACGCUCGAAGAAUCCGAAGAUGGAGGAAGUUAAGAGCAGAGGAGAAUACCCAGAAGCCGAGAACAAAUUGCCACAGAAAAACUCGUCGAAAUUGAUCUCGCGAAACAGCUACGGAGCGAAGCCAACUUACAAGCCAGAAUUCGUCUUGCAGAUUCCAUCCAUGGAGCAUAUUGGCCGCGACAAAUUUAAAGAACUACAAUACGCCGACUUUAAUAAUAUCUCGAACAUUAACGGCAACGAUGCUUUUUUGGACAAUCGCUUCUGGACUGAAGUCGACAAUGAUGAGACUCGAAUGCAUACUAGAACGUACUUGCGCUUUCUCAAGCUUUUCAGUGACUUGAGACUUCUUGAUCAAACCAUAGGUUCUUUCGGCUCUGAUUUGAACAGAAACCUGGAUGAUGUGUCAUUUGGAGAAGAUGUCAUUCCAACAAUCGGAAACUAUGCGAAUGAAACAAAGGCGUUUCUUAUGGGCUUUAAGAAAAAGUUUGAACAGGCUAUGAUUUCAAGGGAAAAAUUGAUGAAGCGCUUGCGAGACAUUGAGAAAGAAAUUUCAACAAUGACCUGCUGUCGCUCUGGGCGGCAUUUGAAGACUAAACAAGAGCUUUUCGAGCAUCGGCAGCGCGUCAUCGACUUCUUGGUUGGUGACAAAGACAUAGAAGACAUGGACCACGGCACUUUACGCCAUUCUGCAAAGUACGUCUGUCAACCGGAAACAAUCGUCCCGGUUCAAGUUUCAGCCGUCAAAUUUAUGACCAAAUUUAAAGAUGCAGUAGAUGUAAUCAUCCGAUCGUCAGACGAAGUCAAGAUGUCAAGAUGGCUGGCGGAAAAUUCCAAUCACGCUGCAAUCAACGAGAAGACAAUGAUGCUCGUCUGGGACGCGACAGCCGAAGACAGGGGAACCUACGAGACAAACUUGGAGACCAAUGCGGAAGAGAAAAUCUUCGUCCUUCUUCCGAAAUUAAAGAAACAGUCGAAAUCCUAG